AUGAUGCAGCCGGAUGAGCCAGAUGCUCUUUCUGCCGAGCAUUCGAAUUUAGCUCUGCCUGCAGAGCCUGAACCCACGUCCAACACAAACACGAGAACAAACACAGGCAUACAAGAAGACGCUUCAGGGCUCAUCACCCAUCCUAGACACACUGGAAUUAUUGGUGCAGGAUCUCAUUCGGGUAGUAUACCUAGUGUCGAGGCAAGGUCCAUUCGGGGUUACCCGGCAAGACGCAAGUCUCAUCACGUGACUAGCUCUCGAUUUCAACCUCGGGGAGUUGCAGCAUCUGGAGGGAAGGCCGUGCAAGAACACCAUAGACAACACCCAAAAGAACAAAGGGAGCGCCAGAAUGAAUAUCAGAAGGGGAAUGAAGAUCCUCGAGAAGACAAGGGGCAACAUUCUGCCCCAGAGGCGUUACCGCCUUCCCCAUCUUUGGAGGCUCGCAGGUCCACUUACUUCAGCAUAUGUCUCAAUGCGUCGCCUGAUGAGUUAACCGUGGUAUCGUACAACUUGAACAUGCAAAGCAACUGGGGCCUUUUUGACGACAAUUGGAAAAGACGGGAGGCUGCCCUUAUUCGCUACCUGCUUUCCUUAGAAGAAAUCCAUCACCCCGAUGUUCUUUUGAUUCAAGGAGCUUUUUCCAGCUCAACGCAUCGCCUUUUGCGGAGGCUGCACAGAGAAGAACCAAUGUUCCCCUUCCAGACAAGGGUGGUUGGCGCCGACCCCGGAUGUUGCAAAACCGAUGACGAGGAUGGAUACUGCUCGUGCUGCGGAGGUUGCUGGUGGUGCCUUGCCCGGACUUCGCCCAAAUCUGCGGGAAAGAGCAAGGCUGCAGGAUGUGUAACCAAGAGCGGAUGGGAUUCUGUAUGCGGGAGUUUCUCACGCCUCAGAGGGAAUGGCGGGAUCGUGAUACUCUCGAAGUGGCCACUGCUGCGUCGUCAUGCCUAUAUUUUUUCUGCAUCCGCUUAUCCGGAGUCACUAUGCAAUGCGGGGGCGGCUUUGGUUCAGGUGGAGAAGUGCGGCAAGGUGUACAACAUGCUUGCUAUGCAGCUGCAACCUGGACCAACCAACAACGCUCUCCGCGUGGCUCAAGUAAAAGAGGUGAUGGCCUGGGCUAGAACUGGAAUGGAGGAUGCAGAGAAGGUGGAGUUUGCCUCGUGCGAUCUUGACGAAGCCUUCACUUCCCCGGGGGAGGGGAGUACAGGCACUGAAGGCUCCGUCACAUCCAGUGAGGCUCCGGGAAAAGCCGACAGGCCGCCCACAGAAGGACUGCCGGAGCUCGAGGCCAGUAGUUGUCCUGGGACUACAGAACCAGAACUGCCGAAGACCAAACCCCGUCGUCGUGCUGCCGAGCUUCCAAAGGGUAUAUUGAAAGCUACAGAUCCCCUUAUCAUUGGAGGAAACCUGAACUUUCGUUUCACAGUGGAUCGUGCUUCACUUGCUGAAGCUUUGGGGUCCGAUGGUUUCAAUGCAAAUUUAGCGCUCGAAGAUGCAUCGGUCGCACAGGCGAACUUUGACACGGUCAACAACGAUACAUGUUACCAAAGCCAGGGAUGUCCGGAGAAUUCGAAACAGGAGCUUCUGGAUUACUUGCUGAUAUACUCUGAACACGCAGGUCGUGUUGCGCGUGGACAAAGGACGCUUGUGGACGCUUCGCCAGAGAAGAUCCUUUAUCGCCCUUUGGUGAUGGGCUGCCUACCAGGCACGACACUGGAAGUUAGCCAUGUAAGCGACUUUUUCCCCGUCUGUGCCACAUUUGCCCACAAUUCUGAGUAA